CCUCCCCGACGACACAAAGUAGGUCAAGCCGCUGGUGACAGCCGAGCGACACUCUUAACCAGUUGCACAGUUGACAGCGUCCCAGGCAGAAUGACACUGUUAAGGUAGAAGACCGGUCACUUGACGGUGGGAAAAGAGCUGAUUUCAAGUCCAUGUUGUGACGCUUAGUAUCGAGGGGAGAGAAGGAACAGCAAAAUAUCGUAUUAGAUUCCAUUUUAAUACGGUGAACUAGUUACAUGAGUUGUAUACUACCUGGCCUGGCCUGUUGUAAAUGUGAUUUUCAUAUUUUGCUGCAAACGUUAGCCGGGCGCAUUAAGCACGUAGUUUGCUUAAUCACACUGCUAUUUUUACACUCAUUACAGGCGGUGAUUCGCCUUCUAUGAAUAGCUCGAGGGCUCCAAUUAGGUAUAUUUUGCGAGGAGGCAUGUUUUGACAAGUGAUAGAACUCUUGUUGGAAGAGCGGCGUUUGGACGUUGAAGUGCUAUGGACAUGAUGAAGAUGUUAUGAUGGAGGUUAAAUUAUAACACAGGGAUUGUUUUUAUAUUAUAAUUACCGUGGAAAUGGCGUCUGCGAAAGUAAAGGGCAAGCUUAAAAAGACUGGUUCUAUAAAACGGAAAGAACCGCCGCCCUCAGAAGAGGAUAGCAAAUACAAACUGGCCGAGUUUGAGUUGCUUUCUACACUAGGCACUGGAACAUUUGGCCGUGUGGUGUUAACAAGACAUAAAGAAACCAAGGAGUAUUUUGCCUUGAAGAUCAUGACAAUAUCAGAGGUCAUCCGACUGAAGCAAGUGGAACAUGUCAGGAACGAGAAAGCCAUCCUUAAGACCAUCAAUCAUCCGUUCAUCGUCAACAUGUUGUGGGCACACCAUGAUGAAACCUUCCUGUAUAUGCUCCUGGAAUACGUUCCCGGUGGAGAACUGUUUUCAUAUCUAAGAAACGCUGGACGUUUUAAUACUGCCACAGGCAACUUUUAUGCAGCAGAAAUCAUUAGUGCGCUGGAUUAUUUGCACGGAUCAGGGAUAGUUUACAGAGACUUAAAGCCAGAGAACUUGUUGUUGGACAGAGAGGGGCAUCUGAAGAUUACGGAUUUUGGAUUUGCCAAGAAGCUAUCAGACAGAACAUGGACGCUGUGCGGCACACCAGAAUAUUUAGCGCCAGAGAUCAUUCAAAGUAAAGGACACAAUAAAGCUGUUGACUGGUGGGCCCUGGGUAUUCUAAUAUAUGAGAUGUUGGUAGGCUAUCCUCCUUUCUUUGAUGACGUCCCAUUCCAAAUCUAUGAGAAGAUCCUGGCAGGGAAGAUAGACUGGCCGAAACAUCUAGACCUCAUUGCCAAAGACCUGAUAAAAAAGCUGCUAGUUGCAGAUAGAACUAGAAGACUGGGCAAUAUGAAGAAUGGUGCUGAAGAUGUGAAGAAUCACAAAUGGUUCAAAUCACUGAAUUGGGAAGAAGUGGCUCUGAGAAAACUCAAGCCACCUAUUGUUCCGAAGCUGGCUCACAGUGGCGACACAACCAAUUUUGAUGACUACCCAGACGAUGACUGGAAGAAGGCAAAGCCAGUAACUGCCGAAGAACUGGAAGCUUUUGUGGAAUUUUAACAUGGAGCCAAACUUAGGAGUUUUAAUAUUGGGUUUUUAUUUUUUAAAGAAAUUAAACAAUGAAAUUUGGAGUUUUAUUGAAGAUCAUUUUUUUUUAAUAUUUGAAGUUGAGAUUUUGGGUAAUGAGAGUUAAAGUUGAGGGUUUGGGACCAUUUUGAAGUUUUACAAGGAGUGAUUUAUUGAGAUUCAAACCAUUACCAGAUUUAUAAUUUUAACAUGUCUGUCCUUGUAAUCUUGAUAUGGGCUAUUCCUUGACUUUACCAUUCAUGAGAUUUCAGGAAGUUAAAGGUAAAACCUUUUUUGUGUGGAAAGUUUACUAAAAUCUGAAAUGAUGUAUUGAUAUUUUUGAAACUUUAUGAUAUAUUGGAACCAUUCAGGGAAAUUAAUACCAAGAUGAUGAAUGAAUUUGAAGAGAAGGAACUCAAACUGUGCACUGAGGUACCAUGCAGUAAUGUAACUUGCCUCAUGCAAAAGAUAUGAUAUUAUUUCUGACUUGAGACUUGUGAAAACCUUGGCCAACAGGGAAUGUUUGGUGAUCAGAAGUAUAUUCUGUAGAAAAUGUUAUCAAUAUUGCUAUAGAAUAUAUUAGCAAUAGAUUGGUGAAGUGUACUUCUUCAAAGUCUGUAAAGAUUCCAUGACAACAUAUCCAGGAAAUAUAGAAGAGGAUGCAGUCAGUUGACAACUGCAGCGCCAUCUUCAGUGUAAAUGGACUGGAAAGUGCCAUAUUAUAAAGUUUACUGGUUGAUAUAUCCUCACUGUGAAUGUUAUAUUAAUUCGAGGCACUAAAAGAUAAAAGCAGGUUGGGAUGUACUAUACAUGUUAUUAGAAAGUGUAAUCUGAAAAAAUAUUUCUUGAUAUUAUAAUAGCUUACCACCAGGGCCAUAGACUGCCAGGGGUGGGGCUGUGUUGCCCCCGUAACCACCCCUCCCCCCAAUCUUCAACUUUUUUCAGAAACGUAGAACACUGCGUCAUUGGGACUGCAUUUAACAAAGGAUGUCUACAUUGCCCAUUCUUCAUUGUGAUUUAGUGCAUUUACAGACCCAGUAAUGUAAUCAGUUCACUACAGAAAAAGCAAGUGGCCCAAUUGGAUAUUUUUAAUUCUUGCAAUCAUAGCCAUGACAUAUUCAGACUGAAGGCAAUGAUGUUUUACAGGAGGGUUGAGGUGUUAUUUAGAUUGAUAUAAAAAACAUAGUAUGGUUUUUAAGUACUGUAUAUUAGUGACUUUGUGGUUGGUACAAGUUCUGUUUUACUUCGAUGUUUUAUAUAUAAUUUUAUAAGGAAACUGGAGGUCACAGACUGUAUAUCUUAUAGAUGUUUUAUCCGUUGUUAUUUUGAGCACGUGAAUGACGUUUUGUUAUUAAGAGCACUUAAGUAUACAUGUAUGUAUGUAUAUAUAUAUAUCAUUUUGUAGGUUAAGUAUCAUGAUAUCUGGUAUUAUGAUUGUUAUGAUACCGCAGAAAAUUUAAGAACGAUGCUGGGUGUAUGGAUGCGUCUGAAAUCAAUGGCAAGUUUUAUUCUUGGUUUUCCUCAGGUUUCUCUUGGACCCCUAGUGACAUCUGUUGUGAAAAUAUAUACACUGAAUAUCUGAAUAUUGUUUAUUGUAUAUUUAUAAGAUUUUCUGUUAAGUUCUUUUUAAAUUUGUUUAAGUUGUGAUGGAGAUGUGUAUAGAUGUAGAUAUGAUGUGAAAUAUGUAAUUUAUGCUUCAGAAUUUAUAAAACCAACUGCCAUAUCUAUGAUGUGAUAGAGACAGUGCCACAAUACAUUUUAAGUGCCUUAGAGACAAUAUGUUAUUGCACUGACCUUGUCUCCCACAAACGAGCUCACAAAACUAAACAAAAGACAAACCAAUGCGUAUCACUAUAGAUUUAAGGUCAGCACUUUGAAGCUUCCUCAAGUGCAUUGAAGGUCACUGGAUUGUGUUUUAACUUGAAAAUGAUGACCUUUCUAAAAGGUCUUUCUGAAGGUCACAUAAUAAUGUAGAUAAUAUGAUCUUAUUGACCUUAGUUAAGGAAACUUCGUAUUUUUACCUUCCAGACCAGUUGGGUAUAUGUGUCAAUGGUAUUAAUUACGGUGGUCACUUUUAAAGGUUGCAUAAUCUUGAUCAUGAUGGUCAAUAAAAAACAUGAACAAGUUAAAAGAUUUCUCAUGCAGGGUGGAGUAUGGGACAUUUUCAACAGCUCCAAAAUUAAAAUAUUUUCGAUAUUACACAAAUGAGAUUAUGUCACUUUUGAUACAAGUUAACGUACCGGUAUGUGUCUAGUAUAACAGUGCCUAGAUUCUACAACAGGGUCUACAAGUAAGUACAGUGUAGGGUUACCGACAGUCCAGUGUAUGUCUUGUGUUAAAGAUAUAUGCAUUGUAGAAGUCAAAUGUACAUCGAAUUAGCUGUGAAUAACAUGUUGAGAUAUGUAUAUUAUUUAUUUAUUUCAUUUUCACCAUGAUAUCGACACCUAUAUUUAAUUUGCUUUUUCACCGUUGACUGACCCUUAACGUUAUGAUACUGUAUUAGUAAUUCAUUAAAGAGUAUAUGGUGUUCCGUUGUUUAAAAAACGGGUCUCGAAUGAAUAUUGCGUCACUGGAAAUCGAGAACACGUUAACCAAGACGUCCAUGUUUUAUCCAGCGCACACUCAGAGCAAUGUGCUGAGUUACUGGAUUGUUAAAGAUCCCGAGCCACUGGCAGUCUAGUUCUAUGGCGUUGCUCUUAAUGUCUCACUGUCAGGUAGUGUCUUAAGGCAACCAUUUUACACCUAACGAUCCGGUAGUUCCGCCUGUAGCUUGCAAUGUGCGCGAGCCAAUGUCCAGUUUUAAUUAUACGCACUUGAUGAGAACAAAUUCUGUGCAACAAUGAAGCUGUAAGAAAAUAAAAUUUUAUCUGAAACAGUG